AUGCACCCACCCUUGGAAGUGCACCAGCAUCCAGCCUGCAAAGAGUACAUCCUGGCCCUGAAGCAGUGCCACGCCGACCACCCCAUCGCCAAGUACUGGGGCGUGUGCACCGACACCGCCAAGGCGCUCAACCUCUGCUUCAAGGGAGAGAAGGUGGCCAAGCGG